AUGCAGCAUGAUGUUGAACACCGGAUGUUUGAUCCAACCAUCGCUUCGUUUUUCGAUACUGAGAUUGUUCGAUCUCCUAGUAAACGGAAUAAGCUGAUGAAGUCUUCUGCGACGUCUAUUCGACCGGAUAACGAGUUGGAGAAGUUUGUUGAGAUCGAAAAUUGUUAUAGAAUGUCAGGAAUAACGUUUUUCCCUCUAGUAGACCCGGGGAAGCUUGCUAGUAAUACCCAUCACGAUAGCACUUCUCUAGUGGCUGAACUGUUGGGAAUCAGAUUGGAAGUAUUUAACGAAACAACGUUGAAAUACGAGCCUCCUUACUAUAUAAUACUGAAGCGGCGUCCCAAAGCAAAUCAAAUUUGGGAUCUAUACAAGCACACCAUCCCCAAGGUGAUUGAUAUUGAACAAAUCUGGUCUACUACUGGCCAUGGAAUAAUUUCAAUGGACAAAGAAGUGUAUAUUUUUGCUAAAAAAUGUUAUAUGGAGUUACUUGCAAUUCAUUACAGAUUGCAAUUUAUUUGCAAUUUAGAUCCCCAAUUGUUUGAGAACAUCAAAGUAGACUCAUACGCUGUCAUGUUGUCAUUCCAGCUCACUGGCGAAGAGAUAAUAACAGUGGUUGCACAACUUCGGGAUCGAUCCAUUAUCGACUGUGAUAUUGAUAUAGAAAGGCAUAAUGAGUGGAGUAAAAUAAUACUGGGUCCUCUGGUUGAUUUACCCGAUAAAAUCCUUAUACUACAGGGCUCAGUAUAA